AAUUUCCAAACUUGUGAGUUCUUGGGAGCUCCCCUACUGUCACCAAGGCAGGCCCUAAAUGCAGAGUAGGAUGAAGUUCUGCUCCUCUGUGGAACCUGGCUUGAGCAGACAGGUUUCAGGUCCUGAGAUCACAAACAGGGGAGAGAACUGUGUCCUAAGUGAGCAGAAUCAGGAAUGCUUUCCUGGGACAUGUGUCAAGAUGGGGGAAGACAAGGCUGACAGGUGGGAGGGAUCUGUGCUGGCUCUUAUGGGUUACGUUGUUCACUCCACAGAGGUAGCUUAGGUCGGCAUGGUCAUUGCCAGCUGACACCUUCUACCUGGCGUGUCUGGUGGCAACUUUUGUCAGCUGGUGUCCCCUCAGCUCCUGGCCAGGCGCAUUCCCAAAGGCCUGUUGGUCCCAAAGUCCUUUAGCCUGGUUCUUUGAUGGUUCCUUCUGCUUCUAGGGCCAUGGCAUCACAUAAUGGGGCUCCGAAAGUCAUGGCUGUCAAGUUGCUGUCACGUGUACCUAGCACAGUCCAGAGGACAGAAGUUUAGAAAGUCAGCAGUUGUGGAACAAAGGUGAGGGACUUCUGUGAACUGGCAGCCCUUGGUGAGCCCGUGGCCUUCUGAGAGCCAGUGGUCAGAAGCGUCCUUCACUUGAGCAGCAUCAGAGGGCCUGGGCUGACCUCACAAAGGGGCCAUGGGUGUGACUACCUUGCUGGGGAGUGAAGCCAGAGGGCAGAAGUGCCCUGGAGUGCAGACCCCAGCAGACACUCUGACCAGGCACAGGAGCAUGAACUGAGCUUGCUGGGGACAGAGAACAGCCAAGGGGCAGCCGGCAGUCAGCUCAAGUCCUCACAAAGGAGGGCAAUACCACCUGUGGGCCGGGACCGUCGGCUCGAGGGCCAGCAGCCAGGAACUUGGCGAAGAACUUGGAUCUGAGGUGGGCCCAUGGUGUAGUUGUGGUGUGCUUGCCAGAGUGGCCUCCAAGCCCACCCUGGAAGGUGAUCCAGAGACCAUAGAGCAGAAAGGCUCCCUUCUCAGAGUGAGCUGCUGGAAGCCCACCAGUGUCAGUGCCAAGAAGAGCUGGGGUGCCAGUAUCUGUGCAUCUUCACAGGCAGCAGGGGCCAGCGUGCCACAUCUGGCCCCAGUCCUGAAAGGAUAGAUGGUGCUUGGCCUGUGACCCUUGGCUGAGGCGCCAUGGUCAGGCUCUGCCAGGCCCUGCUGCUGCUAGUGGCCACUGUGGCCCUUGCAUCCAGAGGAGUCCAAGCCUGGGGCUCAACGAACGUGGUGAGGACAUUCCAAGAUAUCCCUCAAAACUAUGUCUACGUGCAGCAGGCACUCUGGUUCGCCAUGAAGGAGUAUAACAAGGCCAGCAGAGACAAGUUCAGCUUUAGGGCGCUGAAGGUUCUGAAGAGCCAGGAGCAGGUGACAGAUAGUUUGGAGUACUAUAUUGAGGUCAAAAUUGCCCGAACAAUUUGCAACAAAAUUUCAGAAGAUGAAAACUGUGCAUUUCAAGUGGAUCCCAAAAUGCAAAAGGUGGUUUUUUGUACUUUUAUUGUUGCAUCUAAACCAUGGAAAUUUGAACUCACCAUGCUGAAGAAACAAUGCAAAGACAUGUAGUUAUUUUCUAGCUGUUCUGCCACACUCAUUUCCAUUUUAAAGAAGAAGCAAAGACACUUGCAAGAACUAAUACAACACAGUCAACCCAUUAACUUCAUUUGUUUGGCCUUUUUGCAUUUUUGUGUGUUCUUCAUGGGCUGAUGUUGAAAAUCCAUGAUGAGUUUUGACAGCAUUGCACAGCCUAUUCUAGCUGGAAACUUCACCUACUAUCUGGGAUAAUCUGCUACCAAUAAAUGGAAGUGGUUUCUACACCUCACCCAA